AGCAGUGACGCGGGUUUCCCGCGCUGACUUCUAUGAUUCCAUGUGCGUAAGUUAACAAAGUAGUGCUGUAGUGCGGUUUGUUGUAACCAUUGUUCGUAUUUCGGACUUUUGCUGCAGGCUCACGAUGUCGUCCACACAUAGCUGGAUUAACAACCCUCUCGCAGUAGUUGAAGAGAUGUUUGCUAACUCACAGAACAUUCCAGAUUCUGGAUGGGAAGCCAAAGCAGUGGAUUUCUUUAAGGACCACCUUGAAAAGAACAAUGCUCACAGCUUGGUCCCGUCCUUGAAUGAUGUGCCUCUGCACUACCUGAAGCCCAACAGCCUGGUGAAGUUUCGUUGCUUCAUUCAGGACAUGUUUGAUCCAGAGUUCUACAUGGGAGCGUAUGAGACUGUUGAUCAGUCCACAAAGACUAAAGUGUUGCGAUGUGGGAAGUACAAGGAUGUAACAGAAUGUGGGGUGGAUUUUAACUCCAGAAACACUGUGACUGCAGAGAGACAGACUUUCUACUGUGUGCCAGUUCCUGGAGAAAAUUCCUGGGUGAAAGAAAGCUAUGCCAGCUUUAGCCAAGUGAGAGUGGCUCCUUCAACCUCUUAUGCACCGGUCCGACAGAAACGCAGCUACGAAGAGGACGAAGACACGAGCACGCCGACACAGAGGGGAACACUUACUGGUUCUCAGAGUCCUACAGAACAGCACAGAAAUGGAGACUGUAAGCGUCAGGAGACUGAAGCGCCAUCCAGCACAGUGGCAUCUGCCUCUCAUCUUGACCUCAACUUUCCCCUGCCAGGAGAGAAAGGCCCAUCCUGCCUUGUCAAGGUGUAUGAGGACUGGGAUAGCUACAAAGUCAACGACACACUGGAAGUCUAUGGGAUCCUCUCUGUCAGCCCAGCCCUCAGUGAUGUCGCCAACAAGGAAGACGGCACUUCAUCCUUCCUUGACUCAGCAGAAUGCAUGGAGACGGCGGAAGAGCAGAGAGUUCACAGCCCACCUGCAUCGCUCGUCCCUCGCCUCCACAUGCUCUAUGCCAAACGAGUGCUGCACAACAACCCCCUGCUGCCCUCGGCCACCCUGGAGGACAACAGUUCUAUUUUGUCUCCAACGGUCAGCGAGAUGGCGUCUGUGAAGGCAGAGCUGCACACGUACUUGACUCAUGUUCUUCUGGGAGAUGCGCUAGCUGCUGAGUACCUCAUCCUGCAUCUCAUUUCUAACGUGUACACCAGACGAGACGUACUCCCACUGGGCAAAUUCACAUUAAACCUGAGCGGCUGUCCGAUAGUGUCCUCGUACACCGAGCACCUGUACCAGAUCAUCCAGCAGCUCGUUCCUUCUUCGUACUAUCUCGGUAUGAGCCUCCAGAACAUGAACCAGAUGCGAUUGGUGCCCAAGAAGGAUUAUGUGGGAAACCGGCUGCUGAGCGGAGCCCUGCAGCUGGCUAGAAACACGGUCCUCUUCCUCGAUGAAACCCAGCUGGAGCAGGGACAGCUGGACACAGCGGGUGUGCGUAACAUCACAGCCCUGGGUAACCUGAUCUCAUGGCAGAAGGUUGAAUAUGACUUCAACUUCCACCAGAUGGAAUUCCCCUGCAAUAUUAACGUGCUCGUCACAUCUGAGGGACGCUCACUGCUGCCGUCAGACUGCCACAUCCACCUGCAGCCUCAGGUGAACCAGUCUCACCUGGAGGAGUAUAUAAGCAGCAUCCACAUGCCUUUGCAUGUUUCAUCACAGUUAAAUAAGUUCAGAAUCUACCUGAGUGUGGCUCGGCUGCUGGACUACAGUAUCUCUGAUGAGGUGACAAAGUCAGUGGAGGAAGACUUCGUCGACAUGAGGAAGGAUGACCCCCAGAGCAUUUCUGCUGAAGACCUCCACAGGAUGCUCGUCGUUGCAAGGUUGCUGUCUCUUAGCCUCGGACAGACCUCUCUGACCACAGACAGCUGGCUGCGAGUCAAACACAUCGAGAUGCUGAGAAGAAGCAGGAUUGAGCAGUACAAGUCUGUCAAUGGCAAUGAGCAGUGAUCACACAAAGAUGACUGUGUACUGUUUUUGUUUGACAGAACAAAGCUUAUAUUAAAGAAAUGUAAAGUUG